AUGGCGGCGGCGGCGACGGCGGCGGCGGCCGCGGUGGCUGCGGGCCUGUGCCUGGGGCAGACGGCGACGGCGCGCCUCAACCAGCAGCGGGCGGCGCUGGGCGGCGGCGGCGGGGGCGGCGGCAGCGUGUCCGCGCGGGCGGUGGCGGCGACGACGGCGCUCACCGCGGGCCUCGUGGCAGACGCGCGCCCGCCCAGGGGCGGCGCGGCGGGCGGCGCGGCGGGCGUCAUGGCGGGCGGCGACCAGGUGGCGGUGUGGGAGGUGCCGCUGCAGGACGGGCUGCACCGCAUCGAGUUCGAGCACGGCACCACCUCGGGCAAGCGCGUGCUGCGGGUCGACGGCAGCGAGAUCCUUCGCCGCGACUGGAUGUUCAAGCUGGUGGGCGACGAGGAGUUCGCGGUGGGCGGCGCGCGCUGCGUGCUGCGCGUGGAGCCGAUUAUUAAAGGGUAUGAAUCCCUGAGCAUUUCCCCAGAAAUACAGCACUGGUAA